CUCCUAUAAGAAGUGAUAAAAGUACGGCGUUCAUCAUAGUUUGCCCAGUUUACCGAAGAUUUAUAACAAAUCGUGUUCAAUUUCAAAUUAUUAUGUUACGUGUGCAAUUUUAGAACAUCUGAAAUUACCAAAGUGUCAAGAUAAUUGCAUCGACAGUAAUGUCGUCACAGCAGUCCAUCGAUGAGCUGUACAGGCAGCAAGAUUUUUACAUUGGUUUAUCGCUAGCUUUAUCGAGCAGCUUCUUCAUCGGGGCCAGUUUCAUAAUUAAAAAAGUAGGACUCAUACGACUGUCUCGCAUUGGCUCGGUCCGGGCUAGUGCCGGAGGAUUCGGCUACCUAAAAGACUGGAUUUGGUGGGCCGGUUUACUAUGCAUGGGUGUAGGAGAAGCAGCUAACUUUGCGGCGUAUGCUUUUGCUCCAGCGUCGCUUGUCACUCCACUUGGCGCGCUAAGCGUUAUUGUAACUGCCGUACUGGCUUCAAAAUUUCUCAAAGAACGACUGAAUCUACUUGGAAAGCUAGGUUGUUUCCUGUGCAUCAUCGGUUCCAUGAUAAUUGUUAUUCACUCACCAAAAGAAGGUGAAAUCGACGACUUGAACUUGCUUUUAGACAAACUUCAGGAUCCUGCUUUUAUAACGUACGUAGCGAUUAUUUUGUCAUUGUCGCUGUUUAUUGGCUGCUGUUGCGGUCCCCGGUAUGGCCACAAAAAUGUUAUAGUAUACAUUCUGCUGUGUUCAGCCAUCGGGAGUUUAACGGUGAUGUCUUGCAAAGCGCUCGGAUUAGCUUUAAGGGAUACACUAUCUGGAAAGUCCAACGACUUUGGAAUGUGGCUGCCAUACUUUUUAAUCGUAGUUACGGUGGUAUUCGUCGGCAUCCAAGUCAACUAUCUCAACAAAGCACUGGACAUUUUCAAUACCAGCAUCGUGACCCCUAUUUAUUAUGUUAUUUUUACGACUUUAGUUAUAACGGCUUCUGCUAUCUUGUUCAAAGAGUGGGGUCGAAUGAAAGCGGAAGACAUUCUUGGAGAUCUAUGUGGAUUCUUUGUUGUCAUCAUAGCAGUGAUUUUGCUGAAUGCUUUCCGCGAGAUGGACAUUAGUUUGAACGACGUAAGAGGUAUCAUGAGACCAAAACGAGAAUUAUUACCUCACAAGAAUCAUUUUGAUGAUUUUUUAAUCGAAACGGAGAACAGCAGUUUAUCACAAAAACAAUACGGCAGCGGGGAUUACCGAGACAUUUGAUAUCACAAAGCGUUUUAUUUGGUGAAAAAGAGGUGCUUCGGCAUGCAAUGGCUGUAUAUUAUUAAUUUUAAUUUUAGAAAACUAAUACAUAAGAAAUAGUCAUCAGUAAAAUUUAUGUAAUCUUCAGAAGUUGUAGCUUUUCUUGUAACGAACAUAACCAU